GGAUGCGUCUUUCCGGGCUUUUAAUCUAUUCCUGGAGUGUGGAAAGAGGCUGCAGGAAAUACUCCCACCCGCCCCCCACAGCCUGCUGCCCUUGUAAUGCUUAAAUCCAGCUCCUUUCCUGGCUUACGGUGCCUUUUUAACGGGACUCUGAGCUGCCCCUGCAGCGUAGGGUGGUUGGGGACCGGGGGUCAGGUGGAGGAUGUGGCAGAGAGAGAGCUGGGGAUUUAAAGUGCUCGUGAAAGGUUUUGGGUUAGCAGCCUGGGAGUUUGAAAACAAAAGGGGCAGCUCCUUACCCUUCUUACGCAGUCAGAGGCGAGGAUGACAACGCUCACGCAUCGAGGACGAGGGAAGAGCUCGGACAAGAAGCCUGACAGCGAGGAAGACACGGCUGCGGACAGAGAUCUCAACGAUGAAGACGCCAAUGACUCCAAAGAUAUCCGCCUCACCCUCAUGGAAGAGGUGCUGCUUCUGGGGCUGAAGGACAAGGAGGGCUACACGUCUUUCUGGAAUGACUGCAUCUCUUCAGGCCUGCGAGGCGGCAUCCUCAUUGAACUGGCGCUGCGAGGCCGGAUCCAGCUGGAGCCCCUCACCAUGAGAAAGAAGAGGUUGCUGGACAGGAAGGUAAAGGUGCUCUUAAAGUCAGAUGCUCCAACUGGUGAUGUCUUGCUGGAUGAGACCCUCCGACACAUCAAGGCUACAGAGUCUGCAGAAACGGUGCAGACCUGGAUAGAGCUGCUCACUGGGGAAACCUGGAACCCUUUCAAAUUGCAGUACCAGUUGAGGAAUGUGCGUGAACGCAUAGCCAAGAACCUGGUGGAGAAAGGCAUCCUCACCACGGAGAAGCAGAACUUUCUGCUUUUCGACAUGACCACCCACCCCGUCAGCAACGCCACCGAGAAGCAGCGCUUGGUCAAGAAGCUCCAGGAAAGCAUGCUGGAGCGCUGGGUGAACGACCCCCAGCGCAUGGAUCGCAGGACUUUGGCUCUCCUGGUGCUGGCCCACUCCUCGGACGUUCUGGAGAACGUUUUUGCCAGCCUGACAGAUGACAAGUACGACUUGGCUAUGAACCGGUCCAAGGACCUCCUGGAUUUGGACCCUGAGGUGGAAGCUCCCAAAGCCAAAGGCGCGGAGAUGAUCUGGGCCGUCCUGGCGGCCUUCAAUAAGUCUUAAAGCCCCCCGAGAACCCCACAAACUGGACAGCAGAGCUUCACCCUCUCAACACGAGGCCAGGAAUUUCCUGGAGCGCCGGGUGGGCUCUGCACUGUUGUGGGUUUAGCUCUUUCCCCUCGCCUUCCCUUGGCAGGGGCUGGGAGGAUGAGUGCGAGUGUGGCCCUGGCUUUGCACGUGGCAUCCAAACCAGUCCAGGGCUCCAAACCACGGGGAAAAGGGGGGGGCCGAGGCGUGCUGGAGGCCGGGCCUGCGGAGGAGUCGCGCCGGCCCCGCGCUCGGGCUGGCUCCGUCGCCGCCUUUUGUGCGGGGACGCUAAGGUUUUGCUGCUCUUUCGGGGGCCUCGCCGCGAGGGUGACGCUUGCUCGGCCUCCUUCCUUGCCGGCCGGAGAAGCCGAGACCUCGCUGCCGAUCUGUGCGAAGCAGCUGCCGCCUUUUUUUUUUUUUCCUUGACUUUUGCUUUUCCAACUCGGAGAGAGCUAAAUGCUCUCACGUACGUAGAUAGCUCUGCCAGGAGGGGUGCCCCGAGCCAGAGCGUUUCAAGCACUGAGGGUGUCUCUAACGCCGGCCCGGAGAAGGAAUUUCCCGGAUAUUUCCCGGCUGCGUGGAUGUUACAGGCAUUUCCCUGGUCCCGAGCGUUUGCUGCUGGGGAAAGCCGAAACCUUUUGGAUCUUCAUCGGCAUCGGUGGAGAAACGCGUCCCGGCGCCCUCCUUCCCCCACUAAGUCACUUUAGGAAAAGUUAAACUGUGAUUUAUUACCUUUAUUUCCCCCCUUCUCCUCUCUAACUUCAAUCUCCUUUGGGGAGCGUUAAGGUAUUUCGCUGCACCCUGGGGGAGCCUCGGGCAUUGAAAUUCGUAGUCGGUAGCCGCUGUGGGUCCAACUGCUCUUUGUAAUAAAAGGAUUCUGCGUUUGCA